AUGCAGUGCGUGCCAUUCAAGCGAAUUAACAACAGCGACAACAUAAAUCGUCGUCUGAAGCGAGUGAUUCAACUCGGACCUCCACCUGUUUCUCCUGAUUGUCCAACGUCGCCUCUUUUCUCUGGUAGUCAACCGCUACCUCCACCUCCUGGUUGUCCACCACCACUUUCUCCUUCUCGCUCAAGCAAACAGUUUUCAAAAAUAUCCACUUCUAGCAAACAACUGCAAUUUGCAAAAGCAAGUCGACAUUUUGGCGAUUUCGAACCAUCGACCGUGUACCAACAGCAGCGAUCUCACACCACUAUGGUACAGCCAUUCGAUCGCAGCGCAAAACAAAUGGAAAAUCCCACAGAAUGUCAGGAAGUCUUAUUUGAAGAAUUACUGGAACAAUAUGAAAUGAGCGGUUAUGACCGAAGCGAAUGCAGAAAAGUUUGGAAGAAAAAAGCGUUGGCCACGUAA